AUGGCGCACAUCUACGAGAACGGCACCCGGGCAUGGCAGCCCGACCCAACCGACGGCUGGGUUGCCUCCGAGGUUGUCGACAAGCAGAUCGAGGGGGACAAGGUGAAGCUGGUGUUCCAGCUCGAGAACGGCGAGAAAAAAACCGUUGAGACGACCCUUCUCGCCAUCCAGACGGGCAAGGACCCCAACUUGCCCCCGCUGAUGAACCCGGCCAUGCUCGAGGCCAGCGAUGAUUUGACCAACCUGUCCCAUCUCAACGAGCCGGCUGUGCUCCAGGCCAUCAAGCUGCGCUAUCUGCAGAAGGAGAUCUACACAUACUCGGGUAUCGUGCUGAUCGCAACGAACCCCUUUGCCCGAGUCGAUUCGCUCUAUGUACCCGGCAUGGUGCAGGUCUAUGCCGGCAAGCAGCGUUCAUAUGGCGCACCGCAUUUAUUCGCCAUUGCAGAAGAGGCCUUUGCCGACAUGUUGCGGGACCAGAAGAACCAGACCAUCGUCGUUUCUGGUGAAUCCGGAGCUGGCAAGACCGUCAGUGCCAAAUACAUCAUGCGAUACUUCGCGACCCGCGAGUCCCCAGACAACCCAGGCAGGCGGAGAGGCAAAGCCGACUCCAUGAGUGAGACUGAAGAGCAGAUUCUGGCCACCAACCCCAUCAUGGAGGCCUUCGGUAACGCGAAAACGACAAGGAACGAUAACUCGUCCCGUUUCGGUAAAUACAUUGAGAUUCUGUUCAACAAACAGACGGACAUUAUCGGCGCCAAGAUCAGGGUCUACUUGUUGGAACGAUCAAGACUGGUUUUCCAGCCGCUUAAGGAGCGGAAUUACCACGUCUUCUACCAGCUCAUCGCCGGUGCUACUGACGCCGAACGCGAGGAGCUGUCUCUCAGGCCUGUCGAGGAAUUCAGCUAUCUCAACCAAGGAAGCGCACCCGUUAUCGACGGUGUAGACGACAAGGCUGAGUUCAACGCGACCCGGGAAUCCCUCACCAAGGUUGGUGUACCGCCGGAAACCCAGGCCGGCAUCUGGCGCUUGCUUGCCGCGCUAUUGCACAUCGGAGACAUCAAGAUCACAGCCACACGCACAGACUCAAAUCUCGCUCCAGACGAGCCAGCCUUGGUCAAGGCUUGCGCAUUGCUUGGUAUAGAUGCAAGCAGCUUCGCCAAAUGGACUGUCAAGAAGCAGCUCAUCACAAGAGGAGAGAAGAUUGUCUCCAACUUGACCCAGCAGUCAGCCAUUGUUGUACGAGACUCUGUCGCCAAGUUCAUCUACUCCAGCAUGUUCGACUGGCUCGUUGAGCGUACCAACGAGAGUCUUGCCACCGAGCAGAUUCUCGCCCAAGCCCAGACCUUCAUUGGUGUCCUGGAUAUUUACGGUUUCGAGCAUUUUGCAAAGAACUCUUUCGAGCAGUUCUGUAUCAACUAUGCCAACGAGAAGCUCCAGCAAGAAUUCAACGCCCACGUCUUCAAGCUCGAACAGGAAGAGUACGUGCGGGAGCAAAUUGACUGGCAAUUCAUCGACUUUGCAGACAACCAGCCGUGUAUUGAUCUCAUCGAGGGCAAGUUGGGUGUUCUGUCCCUGCUUGACGAAGAGUCUCGCUUGCCCAUGGGCUCUGACGAGCAGUUUGUGACCAAGUUGCACCACAACUUUUCUGGUGACAAGCACAAGUUCUACAAGAAGCCCCGGUUCGGAAAGUCUUCUUUCACCGUCUGCCAUUAUGCAGUCGACGUCACAUAUGAGUCCGAUGGCUUCAUCGAGAAGAACAGGGAUACCGUCCCUGACGAGCACAUGGAGGUCCUCAAGGCCUCCAGCAACAAGUUCUUGCUCGAAGUCCUGGAUGUGGCUGCACAGAUCCGGGAGAAGGAGACUGCCUCCACUCAGUCCGCCAAGCCCGGAGCCACCAUGUCCGCUGGCCGUAGAAUUGCCGUGAACAGGAAGCCAACGCUUGGUGGUAUCUUCAAGGCAUCACUCAUUGAGCUGAUGCACACUAUCAACUCAACCGACGUUCACUACAUUCGAUGCAUCAAGCCCAACGAAGCCAAGGCUGCCUGGCAAUUUGAUGGCCCCAUGGUUCUCAGUCAAUUGCGAGCCUGUGGUGUCCUUGAGACUGUCAGAAUUAGUUGCGCUGGUUACCCAACAAGAUGGACAUAUGAGGAGUUCGCUCUUCGAUACUACAUGUUGGUUAGGUCAAACGAAUGGACUCCAGAAAUCCGAGACAUGGCUACCGCUAUCUUGAAGAAAGCUUUGGGUGCCGGAAAGAACGAUGGCACCGACAAGUACCAGAUGGGUCUAACAAAGAUCUUCUUCCGCGCUGGUAUGCUUGCGUUCCUCGAGAACCUCCGGACAGCUAGACUCAACGACGCUGCGAUUAUGAUCCAGAAGAACCUCCGUGCUAAAUACUACCGCCGUAUCUACUUGGAGAUGCGCGAGGCCGUUGUGUCUGUUCAAUCCUUGGCUAGGGGUUUCAUGGCAAGAGAGCGUGCCGAGGACGCCAGGCAGGUUCGUGCCGCAACAACUAUUCAACGGAUCUGGCGCGGCAGCAAGGUUCGCAAGGAGUUCCUCAUCAUCCGGCAGUCAGUCAUCGCAUUCCAGGCUCAGGCCAAGGGAAGGCUACUCAGGCAGGCUAUCAUGGACCGUCAAUGGCUGCGAGCUGCCCUCAUCUGUCAACGCAGCUGGCGAUCACAGAAAUUGCUCAAGGACUGGAGGAACAAGAGGAAGAGUGUUGUCAUGGUACAGAAGCUGUGGAGAGGAAAGCAGGCUCGCAAGCAGUACAAGACUCUGCGUGCCGAGUCUCGCGAUCUCAAGAACAUCUCUUACAAGCUGGAGAACAAGGUCGUCGAGCUCACCCAGACUCUUGGUUCGAUGAAGGAGCAGAACAAGUCGCUCAAGUCGCAAGUGGAGAAUUACGAGAACCAGAUCAAGUCCUACAAGGAGCGAAGUCGUACCCUCGAGAACCGACAAAAGGAGUUGCAAGCCGAGGCCAACCAGGCUGGCAUUACUGCAGCCAAACUGAGCCAGAUGGAGGACGAGUACAAGAAGCUACAGGCAAGCUACGACGAAAGCAAUGCAAAGAUGCGCCAUCUGCAGGAAGAAGAGAAGGAACUCCGCGCCUCGCUCAAGAGGACUACGGACGACUUGGAGCAGUCAAAGAGGAGGAGCAACGUCACCGAAACCGAGAAGCUUACACUCCGACAACAGCUCGCCGAGCUGCAAGAGCAAAUGGAGUUGAUGAAGCGCAACGCUCCCAUCAACGGCGAGCUAUCAAACGGGCACGCACCAAUGGCUGCCAGCGGCUUCCUCAAGAUGGUCACUUCAAAGACACCCAAGAGGCGAAGCGCCGGGCCCGAUACCCGCGAUCUCGUGGACCGUUUCAGCGCCACAUACAACCCACGACCUGUAUCCAUGGCUCCUGGUACCUCUGCGCACAGGCAGAACCUUUCUGGUUCGACUUUCGCCCACUUCGAUAACGUCGAGGCUGAGCUUGAGUCCAUCCUUGCUGACGAGGAUAUGCUGAACGAUGAGGUCACUCUCGGUCUGAUCAAGAACCUGAAGAUCCCAUCGCCAACUUCGCAACCACCCCCUACCGACAAGGAGGUUCUGUUCCCAGCCUACCUCAUCAAUCUCGUCACCUCUGAGAUGUGGAACAACGGCUUCGUGAAGGAAUCAGAGCGUUUCCUGGCAAACGUCAUGCAAUCGAUUCAGCAGGAAGUCAUGCAGCAUGAUAGCGACGAUGCGAUCAACCCCGGCGCUUUCUGGCUUAGCAACGUUCACGAGAUGUUGUCCUUUGUCUUCCUUGCCGAAGACUGGUACGAGCAACAGAAGACGGACAACUACGAGUACGACCGUCUACUCGAGAUCGUCAAGCACGACUUGGAAAGUCUUGAGUUCAACAUUUACCACACCUGGAUGAAGGUACUCAAGAAGAAGCUGCAGCGCAUGAUCAUUCCUGCUAUCAUCGAGUCGCAAUCACUUCCUGGAUUCGUUACGAACGAGUCUAACCGUUUCCUCGGCAAGCUUUUGCAAGGCAGCAACACGCCUGCCUUCAGCAUGGAUAACCUUCUCAGCCUGUUGAACAGUGUAUACAAAGCUAUGAAAGCUUACUACCUCGAGGACUCAAUCAUCACACAAUGCGUCACCGAGCUUCUCCGUCUCGUCGGCGUUACCGCUUUCAACGACCUCCUCAUGAGGAGAAACUUCCUUUCGUGGAAGCGUGGACUUCAAAUCAACUACAACAUCACUCGUAUCGAGGAGUGGUGCAAGUCUCACGACAUGCCUGAGGGCACGCUCCAGCUUGAGCACCUCAUGCAAGCCACUAAGCUCCUUCAGCUGAAGAAGGCUACUCUCAACGACAUUGAGAUUAUCCAGGAUAUUUGCUGGAUGUUGAGCCCGAACCAGAUCCAGAAGCUUCUCAACCAGUACUUGGUUGCCGACUAUGAGCAGCCCAUCAACGGCGAGAUCAUGAAGGCUGUCGCCUCCCGAGUAACGGAGAAGAGCGACGUUCUGCUGUUGACAGCAGUCGACAUGGAAGACUCAGGCCCGUACGAGAUUGCGGAGCCCCGUGUCAUUACCGCACUAGAGACAUACACACCAUCUUGUAAGUAUACAACAUUCACCACAAGCAUCAUUCACGCUAACGACAUUCCAGGGCUCCAAACCCCACGCCUCAAACGCCUCGCUGAGAUCGUCUCCCAACAAGCCAUCGCUCAACAAGAGAAGAUGGACUAUGACGGCGACGAUGACGAUGUCACCAACGGCACCAACGGCGAUGGUAUGAUGAACGGCAACGGCAACGGCAUUCACGAGCAUGAUACCAUCCAGGAGGAGAUUGCCGCGUAG